AUGGCCCUGGGGCUCAGUGCUUCUCCACCAGCUGUGCUUCUGCUCCUGUCCCUGCUGGGUCUGGCUGCUGCUGGCAAGCUCCUGGUGGUGCCAGUGGAUGGAAGCCACUGGCUCAGCAUGCGGGAGGUGCUGGACAUCCUGAGGCAGAGGGGACAUGAGGUGGUUGUAGUGGCACCUGAAGUGGCUUUGCACAUCAAACCAUCCAAGAACUUUGUGAUGAAAAUGUACCCGGUCCCCUACACACAGGAAGAUUUGAAGAAACAAUUCCAGGCAUUUUUUCAUUUUUCAUUUGAACAAGGAUCUUUUCUGGAAAGAUUUGUUAAAGCCUACCAGGGUAUCAAAAGAAUCACUUACUUUGGAGUCACCAGCUGUGGACAUCUCCUGGAAAACAAGGAGCUCAUCAGGUACCUUGAGGAGAGCAAGUUUGAUGCCGUCCUUACAGACCCUGUCCUACUAUGUGGGGCAAUCCUGGCGAAGCACCUUUCCCUUCCUGCUGUGUAUUUCUUACGAGGAAUCCCUUGUGGCUUAGAUUUUGAAGCCACUCAGUGUCCCAAGCCUCCUUCCUAUGUCCCCAGGGGAUUUACACAAUUUACAGACCACAUGACCUUUCUUCAGCGAGUGAAGAAUCUGCUUCAUGAUAUCCCAGAUAUUUUUCUCUGCGAUUUUGCCUUUGAACCCUACUCAAAACUGGCUUCAGACUUCCUGCAGCAAGAUGUGACUGUGCUGGAUCUCUUACGCCAGGCUUCGGUUUGGCUCAUGAGGUCAGAUUUUGUGCUAGAGUAUCCAAGGCCUUUGAUGCCCAACAUCAUUCCAAUUGGAGGAGUAAACUGUGCUCACAAGGAGCUGCCUCAGUUCUCUGUGAACUUCUCCAACGUGGUUCUAAUUUUCACGAGUAGCAGUCAUGCCCCACCUGCUACAACAUGA